AUGACGAGGAGGCCUCAGGAAGCUCCUGCACCUGCACCACCCACCACCUCACCACCAGUCACCGUCACUACCACCAUCAAAACUCGCCUACGACAUUCAUUCACCUGGUCACCCCAUCAUGCAACGCCGCCCGUUGUUGAUGUUCCAUUCGCGAAGGCUAAAGAGCGUAAUGCUGCUGCGGGUGCUCCUGGCCAAGACCCGGACAUCGUACCUGAUGAAUAUCUCGAUACUGAACCGGACCCUGAUACGCAACAGCAACAGCAACCACACCAGCAAGCAGUAGCAGUACAUACAGACCCUGGCGAACAUGGAGGCGGGAAGUCCUGUGUCUGCUGCUAG